CCCUCCCUUCCUGUCCCUCUCUCCCCAUCCGCCUCCCUAUCUGCCCUUGCUCUCCCCUCAAUACCCCUCUGCCUAUCCUCCCUCGCUCUCCCCUCCCCACUUCCUCUCUAUUCUACCCCUCCUUAUCCUCCCCGAUAUCCCCACCCCAUCUCUCUUCCCUCCGCUCCCUCCAUCCCCUCUCCUUCUCCCCCUCUGUCCCCUCCCCCUCCGUCUCUCUCCCUCUCUCCCCUCCCCCUCGCCUCCUCUCCCUUUACCCCUCUCCCCUCCCCCCCUCCGUCUCCCUCCCUCCUCCUCCUCUCCCUCCUCCGCCCUCCCUCUCUCUCUCCCUCCGUCCCGACCUCUCCCCGCUCCGUGCGCCAUGAACGUGUUCAGGUUUCUGGGAGACCUCUCGCAUCUGCUCGCCAUUGUGCUGUUGCUGCUCAAGGUCUGGAGGAGCCGUUCGUGUGCAGGAAUCUCGGGGAAAAGCCAAUUCCUCUUUGCCGCUGUCUUCACCACCCGCUACCUCGACCUGUUCACUAACUUCAUCUCCUUCUACAACACUUGCAUGAAGCUUGUCUAUAUCAGCUGCUCCUAUGGAACAGUGUGGUUGAUUUACUCCAAGUUUAAAGCCACUUAUGAUGGAAACCAUGACACGUUUCGGGUGGAAUUUCUGCUGGUCCCUACUGCCAUUUUGGCCUUUCUUGUCAACCAUGACUUCAGUCCUCUUGAGAUCAUGUGGACCUUCUCGAUCUACCUGGAGUCGGUGGCCAUCUUGCCGCAGCUGUUCAUGGUGAGUAAGACGGGCGAGGCGGAGACCAUCACCAGCCACUACCUCUUCGCCUUGGGCCUGUAUCGUGGUCUCUACCUCCUCAACUGGAUAUGGCGCUUCUACUCUGAGGCCUUCUUUGACCUGAUCGUCAUCGUUGCCGGCAUCGUCCAGACCGUCCUCUACUGUGACUUCUUUUACUUGUACAUCACCAAAGUACUCCAAGGGAAGAAGUUGAGUCUGCCGGCAUAGAGGAUCUUGACGACGGGAGACGGGAUCUCUUUGGAGAGAUCUCCAUGGGGUGGGGCAGAGACGGGGGUGGGGGGGUGGGUGUGUAGAGAUAAUUCCUGGGUUUGCUGGUGAAGAUGUAAGUGUCUCUCUCGCUUGUGGGUGGGACUUUGGAAUCUCCCUGUGCCAAGGGACUGAGGGCAUCUUUGUGGGCAUUAAUUGUUCCUGCCCCACCCACAUCUCCCCUUGUCCUCUCCCGCCCUUCACUCCCUAUCCUCUCCUCUGUUCCCUCACCCAAUCCUCCCUCCUCCCCCAAUUUGCCUGUUGUGCCUCCCCCCCUUACCCCGUUGAGGGUGGAGCCGAGUCUCCCCAGGGUCUGAGCGCCACCCUGUCCGUGUCUGUAUUUUUUCCACUGCGUUUCUGGGAUUUCUCUGUCUGGGUUGGGUUGCACUCUGUAUAUAAACCAGUUGGAUUGUAGAAUGAGGUUGUGCAAAUUGAAUAAACUCUCAGCGUUUCA